UACACUUUCCUGUUAAACCAUUUAGGAAUGUCUCAGAGAAGCUCAGAGUCGGUGUAGUGACAUAUCGCUCUGAUCAACAUUUUGUAAAUAACUCGUACCCUGUGUUGAAGUCCAGAGUCAUUCGAGUUGAGACUGUUGGACAUGAGACCAGAAACUUGUCCGAUAGACUUUUUAUAAAUUUCCCAGUAAACAGUACUGAAAUAAUGACUGGAAACUACAGCCUCUUAUGUCAGUUCUAUAAUCAAACAGUGAACAAGUGGGAUGUCAUGGGGUCUUUCACCAACCUGGAGAACUUUAACAGCAGCAACACUGUAAACUGUUCAUAUAAUCACAUGACCCCCUUCGCUGUAUUUCUGGUUUACGAGACACUAAAUUGUCAUCAGCAUCACAACAAUCUACCCCGUGUUACUUAUACAGCUAAUCAGACAGGGAACUAUUUAUUUUACAUCAGCACAGAACUGGAGUUUUCAGUCAGCUCUAAUACAUCACACUGUAACUGGGGAGGCUCCCACUGCUAUGUGGAGUGCACUUCUAUCAGUUUCACCAGUAAUAUAACGGAUGUGAACAAUAUAAUAAAACUGGAACAAAAAGAUCAACUACCAUGUCAAAGCGACACUCAGAUGGUCUUUAACAUGGAUGAGAUUAAUAUCACAUGUUAUGUUACAAAGUGUGAGUCAGAUGAAAUCAAUGCUCUGAUAUCUGACAUGGAUCUAAUAAGACUGGAGAAAAUACAAAAUAUGUGUAAUAAAUCAGUUUCUUCAGAUAUCUACAUUAGGGCAGAGAAAAAGUACAUCGAUCAGCAAAUCACCUUGGAUUUUAACGGGACAAACAAAACCUACGAGUACAAGAACUUUAAGAUGAUUGUAGUUAAGAUAGAUAUGAAUACCACGAAUGAGGACUACAUAAGAAUCCUCGCUCCACAGCUGUCCAAUGAUGAUCCCCCCAUAGACGUACACUUUCCUGUUAAACCAUUUAGGAAUGUCUCAGAGAAGCUCAGAGUCGGUGUAGUGACAUAUCGCUCUGAUCAACAUUUUGUAAAUAACUUGUACCCUGUGUUGAAGUCAAGAGUCAUUCGAGUUGAGACUGUUGGACAUGAGACCAGAAACUUGUCCGAUAGACUUUUCAUAAAUUUUCCAGUAAACAGUACUGAAAUAAUGACUGGAAACUACAGCCUCUUAUGUCAGUUCUAUAAUCAAACAGUGAACAAGUGGGAUGUCAUGGGGUCUUUCACCAACCUGGAGAACUUUAACAGCAGCAACACUGUAAACUGUUCAUAUAAUCACAUGACCCCCUUCGCUGUAAUUCUGGUUUACAUGCCACAAAGAGAUCGUCAGGGUGACAACAAUCUGCCCCGUGUUACUUACACAGCUAAUCAGACAGGGAACUAUUUAUUCUACAUCAGCACAGAACUGGACUUUACAGUAACCCCUAAUACAUCACUCUGUAACUGGGGAGGCUCCCACUGCUAUGUGGAGUGCACUUCUCUCAAUUUGACCACAAAUAUAACGGGUGUGAAUGACAUAAUGAAACUGGUACACAAUGAUCAGCUGACAGGUCAAAGCAACGUUCAGAUGGUCUUCAACAUGGGCAAGUCACAAACUUUUUUUUAA